AUGGAGAGGGAGCGGCGGCGGCGGCGGACGCUGGUGCUGGUGAACCUGGCGUCCAUCAUGGAACGCGCCGACGAGGCACUGCUGCCGGCGGUGUACCGGGAGGUGGGGGCCGCGCUGCACGCCACGCCGACGGGGCUGGGGGCCCUCACGCUGUGCCGCUCCGUCGUGCAGGCCACCUGCUACCCGCUCGCCGCCUACGCCGCCGCGCGCCACAAUCGCGCGCACGUCAUCGCCGUGGGGGCCUUCCUCUGGGCCGCCGCCACCUUCUUCGUCGCCGUCUCCGACACCUUCGCCCAGGUAGCAAUCGCAAGGGGUCUGAACGGCAUUGGCCUUGCUCUGGUGGUACCAUCAAUCCAGUCAUUGGUCGCCGAUUCCACUGACGACGGAACGCGUGGAUCAGCUUUCGGAUGGUUGCAACUCGCCAGCAGCUUAGGCCUCAUCUCGGGGGGUUUCGUUGGUCUGCUUCUGGCGCAGACCACGGUCUUCGGUAUCGACGGAUGGCGCAUCGCCUUCCAUCUCGUGGCGAUCAUCAGUGUUUUUGUAGGGAUUCUGAACUGGUUCUUUGCUGUGGAUCCUCACUGUCCGACGAGCAGUGCUGCAACGUGUGAUAGGCUGGUCAGUAAGCAGUCUGCCUGGCAAGUGGUUGAUGAAAUGAUCAGGGAGGCCAAGUUUGUGGUUCAGAUCCCAACGUUCCAAAUUUUCGUGGCUCAGGGAGUCAGUGGCACAUUCCCAUGGUCAGCACUUUCUUUUGCAUCCAUGUGGCUUGAGCUUAUUGGAUUCAGCCACAAAGACACCGCUUUUCUGAUGACGAUAUUCUGGGUUGCAAGCUCAUUUGGUGGUCUUCUUGGGGGUAAGAUGGGUGAUUUCCUGGCUGUGCGAUAUCCCAAUGCUGGUAGGAUUGUUCUGUCGCAGAUCAGUGCUGGUUCAGCUGUGCCUCUAGCUGCGGUGCUACUUCUGGGGCUCCCUGAUGAUCCAUCCAACGGAAUUGCCUAUGGCAUUGUGCUGUUCAUCAUGGGCGUAUUUAUCUCUUGGAAUGGUCCUGCUACAAACUUCCCUAUUUUUGCAGAGAUAGUUCCUGAGAAAUCAAGAACAAGCAUCUACGCUCUUGACAGGUCUUUCGAGUCUGUGCUGUCAUCCUUCGCUCCCCCUAUCGUUGGCAUCUUAGCCCAGCGCGUGUAUGGGUUCAGGCCAGAUGACAAAGGAAAGAGUGUUCAGUUAGACAGGCAAAAUGCUGCAUCUUUGGCCAAGGCAUUGUACACAGCUAUUGCGAUACCAUUUACGAUCUGCACCUCCAUAUACUCGUUCCUGUACUGCAGUUAUCCUCGGGACAGAGAGCGUGCACGUAUGCAAUCUCUGAUAGAAUCUGAACUGCAGCAGAUGGAGAAGGAGAGUUCUUGUUUGGAAGAAGGCGACUGUCGUUUUCAGGUUUUUGACUCAGCUAGUGAUGGUGAAAGAGCUACAAUUGAAGUGACCAACGGUGUCAAGGAUUUAUCAGAGACUGAAAAGGACACUGCAAGACUAUUGGCAAACAGGGAAUCAUAACAAAGAGGGCUUUAUGUUUAGCAAUUUAUCAGGCAAAUGUUCUGAACUCUACGGUGUCCAUUCUGGGCACAACUUAUGUUCUCACUUGCCAUUAAUGUAGAAAUUGUAGAAUGGAGAUCUUUCUGAUAAUGUUGGGAUAAGUUCUGAUAGUGCUAUAGAAUGUCAGACGAAGUAAUUACUUGUAUUUUGUAACAUUUUUUUCCAACCUUUUGGUAGCGCAACACUGUUGUACUGUUUCCAUAGUAGAAGUUGCUAUUCUUCACAGGUUUGAUUCUAACCUCUCAU